AUCCCAUAUUUUUCCGGAUUUUCUCCCUCUGGAGCAGAUAGGAAGAUUCAAGGCGAGAAACAAUCGCCAGGAGCUCGUUGGCGAUUCAGUCAAUUAUUUUCUGUCACUGCUGAUUUUCCGGCGUCUCGGUCAUGGACGAGCUGGGUUCUUCCUCUGCACUGCCCCCUAGUAUUACCAUCGAUGGCGCCGACCAAGAUUCGGUCUUGGCCAAUUCGCAGUAUCUCACGCGCGAGGAAGUACUCCGGCGCCGACUCCGCCGAAUCAAGCAACUAGCCCGCUGCUACAGAGCCCACUACUGGUCGCUUAUGGAGGAGCUCAAGGUUAAGUACAAAGACUACUAUUGGACUUACGGCAUGAGCCCUUUUGUGGAGGAUCACAAAAACAAUCAGGCCAGGCACACUGAAGGCGUCAUGCCGUCUGGGGAGAAUGUAAGCUGCAGCAAUGGCAAUGAAAAGGCAAUCAUUGGUUCCAAUGGUGGGGUUGGUCAAGAUGUCGCACGUUGCGCUUUUAGCGGCUGCAAGUCGAGGCCCAUGGCGUUAACUAGGUAUUGUCACAACCAUAUACUGUCGGAUUCGAAGCAGAAACUCUAUCGGGGAUGCAACGCCGUGGCCAAGAAUUUGCCAACUGGACCUUCUAUAUGUAAUAAGCCUGUACUGAGAUCCACAGUUCCUCCUGCAUGCCCCAGUCAUUACCAAUUAGGUGAAAGGUGUUUGAUUCGUGCAGUAAGAAGGGCAGGUUAUGCUAUCCCAACUCAUCGUAAGCCUAGUCCAAAAUUGCAUGCAGUAAUUGCUGAAUUUGUCCACCAAAUUCAAGAAAAGAGAAAAGCUGCAUUGAAGGUGACUGUACCUAAAGCCGAGACUGAAUAAGACACACGAUUAAGAAACAUCAGUUUGAUGUUGGCUUCACCGUAACAGCAUGAUAUCUGAAUUCAGCAUGAUUCAAAACCUUCUUCCAUCAGAUGGUGGAAGACAAUGAACUGUACCUCCCGGGAGUUGUGCAUUAUCACAAGUCCGAUCUGUUUCCACAGGUGAUUGAGGUUGUGCUAUCGACUUAAUUGCAGUGGUUGGCACAGAGCUAGCUAAUCCAAUAAAACCACUCCUGGCACAGAUAUACUCUAUUCUAUUAACUAGAAAUCCGGUUCAGUGAUAAGUUCGGAGCUUACCCAGCAUGCAAAAGCACUAAUUGCACAUUAUUAAGUUCUUACUGUCUGCACUUUACUUAGUAUACUGAGUAUUGAUCCAAAUAUUGGUUUCUGUGACGUGAUGAUUCAUCUGACAUUCUGACACUUUGUUCUUGUUGGAGUCGAACAUUUAUACAGCUGGUUUGUGGGGUGGCGUUGCCAGUGGAUGUAAUCUCCUAGUUCACAUCAUAGUACAUUGAUUAUAUGACAGGUUAAAUUCCGUGCUUGGCUCUCAUCCCAUGUCCUAUUAGAGUCUGUACAUAAUCUGAAAUAGUGGUAUUGAACUUGCAAUAGUCGGCCUCUGGUGGAGGACAGAGUUAGACCAGCUAUACGCAGCCACGGAUAGCUGAGCAUAAACGACAUACGGUAUAUACAAGGUUGCCAUUUCCAUACUGAGCAGACAUAGUUAUCCAGGGCAUCAACUUGUUGAAGUUUCCAAGCUUGAUUUCUGAUUCGGGCUGUCUUUUAUUUUUUGGUUUUUUUGGCAUUUUCAUCCUUUAAACAAUGCUAAGUAGAUGGAAAAAUUUAUGCUGGAAGGGCCACUUUCCAUUCAGAGCCAAACCUGACUUGAAUUUGGUUUCUGAUAUUAAAGAGGCGAUUUGAUGGGCAAGCAGCUGACAUUAAAGCUUGAAAAUCUGGUUCGAUUCACAUUUUACCCAGAGGGCAAUGCAAUCUUGAAAGCCUAAUGUGGGCUUAUAGCUCA